AGAAUAUGUGAAAGAAAAGCCCGAGUGAACGAACGGGGGAGCGAGCGAGCGAGCGUGCGUGCUGCGCAACGUGAGCGUGAGCCGUGCCGGCGGCUUCGUCUCACUCAGACAGGGCGCUUCGCUGGGACGACGGUUAGCACGUUGCAUUUUAUUGGGGAGGGGGACACGUAAACAGACCAACCGCGGCAGCACAAUCAAAUAAGAUGUGUAAGCCGACCUAUGUGUUUUGGUUUAUCCUCUGGAAAGAAGUACCUAGACUAUCUUGUUGCUUAGAGGUAUAUAUACCAGUACUACAUAUUCUGGCUGUGGUCCUGUUGCAAUGAAGUAAGCCAAAAUUGAGUCUUCAAUAAUGGACUAGUAAUUUGGGAGGGGAAAAAAGAUGCCACGCACAAAACAAAAUAAUCCUAAAAACCUGAAAGAUAAAAUUGAAGAAGCACAGAAAGAACUUAAAGAACCUGUUGGCUCCAAAAAAGGAAAUCGGGAAAGUGGAACAAGUUCUGAAACUAUAAAAGGCAUUAAAAGGAAAAAGCUGAUUGCUGAAAACCAGUUAAAAAAAAUUCCAAAGUCACCAGUGAAGAAAUCUUCUUUGUCAAAAGUUAGUGCAUGUCCUCACAAGACAGGUAAAGAAAAGGCUGUUAGUCCAUUUGCAGAAAAUGGGGAAAGAGCUGAAGAGAAAUGCACUAUGCAGAAGGACAAGGAUAGCCAUGUGUAUGUUGUGAAAGCAGAUGAAAGCAGCUGCUCAAAGCAGACACAAAGGCCUAUAGACCACCAACCAUUUCCUCUUUGCAAUGGAAAGAGUGAUGCACGUUGGCCGUUAGCUAGUAAGCACCCCAUGCCGCUGGAACAGCUGCAAAUUAGAGACAACACUCCAGCAGUGCUGGAGGGAAACUGGAGUGUUUGUGCUGCUGAGAGUACUUCUCCUCCUGUGGCUAAUGCUUCUCUUGAUGUUCUACUGCAAGCAAUGGAAACAGACCUCAAUUCCUUGUCAAAAACUACUUUUUUGUCAUGCCACACCCAGUUUGGAAAAUCUGUGGCUGAACAAUCUCGAAUUGCAUUCCCACAGCUCACAAAGCAAAAUGCGUUUACAGGAAAAGCUGCCAAUUGUGUGCAUGCUGAAAAAAGCGACAAAACUCUUCAUCAUAUUCCCCAUCUGCAUUAUGAGCCAAUGACAGUUGUUUCACAAAAGAAGCAGCAAAAUACACAACAGAAAGUUGCAUGUUUUGCUCAAGAGAAUACUUGUCAGCAGAGUCAAGAAGAGAGUCACCUCCACCAGGGCUCUUCUUCUCAUCUUCAUCUUCCGCAGAGUCAGCCUAUGGUGCAGACUUGCCAGUCAGCUUCUGCCAGUGUUCCCUGUUCAGUUCAAGUUCCUGUAACUCCUGGCUGCAGUCAGCUGCAACUAUCCACAUUUGCAAGUCAUGGAUCAGAACAGAAACCUAAAAAACAAGGAAAGUAUGUAUGUGAAUACUGUAAACGGGCCUGUGCCAAACCCAGUGUACUUUUGAAGCACAUUCGGUCACACACUGGUGAACGACCUUAUCCAUGUAUCACAUGUGGAUUUUCUUUUAAGACUAAAAGCAACUUGUAUAAGCAUAAAAAAUCACAUGCUCACGUCAUCAAACUUGGCCUGGUCAUGCGAGCUGAUUCAAGUGGUGGUUCUCUUUCUCAGGAAUCAGAAAAAGCAUUUAGCACACAUUCAGAUGUGGACGAGAGUGGCGACAGUGAGGAAGAGGGAACAACUGAUGAAAGGAGCAUAGGGAUGGAGGCUGUGCAGAGCCUGGUAAAUGCAAGCCCUCAUCCAGCUAAUCAGGGGGAUACCUCAGUAGUUCAUGAGAGAAAUGAGUCUGCAAAGAAUCAGAAAUAUACAGACCCGCAGGUAACUGCUACUCUGCCAAAAGUAAUAGUUUAUCCAGUGAAUGUGUCUCCAUUGCGUGCAGAUAGUCCUUUAGUUAGUGAUUCACAUCCAGAAUUGCCUGCAGCACAGAAACGGAGAGAUUUGCAGACGUCAAGUUUAUCCUCUAGUCUGACAGUUGUGCUUGAUGGCAGUGAUGUUUGUCUGGGAGAAGAUGAACAAAAUGUUAAGUCCCCUGGUGGGGGUGGGCAUGCACAGCUACAGAGACAGCAGGCAACAGACUGCUCCCAGCAGGAGCAAGGGAAAUCCCUCCUGAGUCCCAGAAGUUUAGGGAGCACGGAUUCUGGUUACUUCUCUCGCUCUGAAAGUGCUGAUCAGACCGUGAGUCCACCUAAUCAGUUUGGUAAGCUGGUUCCUGCUUCCGAGAUGGAGGUGAAUAAAAAUGUACUGACUGGUCACCUUGUUCAAAUUGUAGCACCUGCACUACAGGCAAGUUUAGUAGAAAAACCAUUACUUUCAUCAAUGCAAAUGCGGCCUCCCAUGGAAACAAAAACUCUUGAGGAACGCAUUUCUAAACUAAUCUCUGAUAAUGAAGCUGUGGUGGAUGAUAAGCAGCUAGAUAGUGUCAAACCGAGAAGAACUUCUCUUUCAAGAAGAGGAAGCAUCGAUUCGCCAAAAUCCUAUAUUUUCAAAGACUCUUUCCAAUUUGAUCUCAAACCAACUUGCAGGAGGGCGAGCUCCAGCUCUGAUAUACCAAAGUCCCCUUUUACACCCACGGACAAGUCCAAGCAAGUGUUUCUUUUGUCUGUCCCCUCUCAAUACCCUGCAAUGGACUGUCUGCCAAUAACACGAAGCAAUUCUAUGCCUGCUACUCCUGGCUAUUCUACUAUCCCACCAAAUGUAACUCCAGCACCUCACCCGCUUCGAGGAAGUCAGUCAUUUGAUGACAAAAUUGGUUCAUUCUAUGAUGAUGUAUUUACUUCUGGUCCUCCCACUCCAAUGCAAGCUGUUCACCCCCGGACUCUGGUCAGACAGGCUGCAAUAGAAGAUUCAUCUGCAAGUGAAGGCCACAGUCUUGCUUCAUGUCGUUCUGUUGAUGAAAGUCGUCAUGGAUCUAUCUUGGCCACAGAAGUGAUGCUGAGAAGUAAAUCGUUUGAACAGGCUUCAGCGUCAGAGAAGAUUAAAAAAUCACAGCAGAUCAGGGGAACUAUGUAUGAAUGUGAGACUUGCAGAAAUCGAUACAGAAAGUUGGAAAACUUUGAGAAUCACAAGAAAUUUUACUGCUCAGAGCUGCAUGGACCAAAAAGCAAGACUGUCACUUUAAAAGAAUCUGAGCAUGAUCUUCUUGCACGCAGUUCACAGCCUCAAAUUUUGCAUUAUAGAGUAAUGGGAACAUCAGGUGUGUUAGAACAGCCAACCACAAUUAUAAGAAAGAGAAGAAAAAUGAAAAGCGUUGGAGACGAUGAUGAGUCUUCGCCUACAGAACGCAAUGCCCCAUGUUCUGGGAGCUUUGAUUCAGCUUCAUGCCUGGUUGCCCAAGAUGUCCGUGGCAGAAGUUUCCAUAAACAAGCAUCAGUGGCAGCAGAACUUCCAUCUUCCAGUAUUAACAUACAAACUCCUCAGCUGCAGCAUGCGGUGCGGAGUACAGAAUCUUUAGAUUCAAGAUUAUCUCCUAUACAUGAAAUUCAAGGGAGCUUAACUUCUUCAGAUAGAGGAGAACUACAAAGACAAGGUAGCGGGAUAUCGGUUAUUCAGCACACAAACUCCCUAAGCAGGCCCAGUUCAUUUGAUAAAUCAGACUCUUUUGAGAGAAUCUCUCUAGUAAGCUUGCAAGAAAAGGAGAUUCAGACAGUUACCAAACAGCUGGCACUGGCAAGUGUUAGCUCCAUUCAGAGUGAUGAUUCCACUCAAAGCAAUACCUCACAGCAGCAGUCUACUACAGUGGAGCCUGACCUGCAUAGUGAACGAAGAGCUCGGUCAGCAGAAAGCACUAUUCCAGUACAGCAGUCGCGACUUGUUCGACAGCACAACAUUCAAGUUCCUGAAAUUCUAGUCACUGAAGAACCAGACAGAGAACAGGAAGGUCAAGGAAAUGAGCCAGAAAAGCCUUUAGAAACAUUUAAUUGGCCCCAACGCAGUGAAAGCUUGUCUAAAUUACCAACUGAAAAGUUACCUCCCAAGAAGAAAAGAAUUCGCCUGGCUGAACUGGAGCAUUCAUCGGCUGAGUCAAGCUUUGAAUCAACACUUUCUAGAAGCUUAAGUCGAGACAGCACAUUGUCAUGUUGUUCUAGCAUUUCUGUUUCAUUUGACAGAGAUGAGGUUCCACGCUCUGAAAGUCCUCUAAAUUCAGAAAGCAUUGGUAAGCCGUGUGAACCUCGUUCACUAAACCAUGGUGUAAACAUGCUAGGUGUGCCAGUUUCCACUUUUAGAGAAAUCCGACGUGCAGCAUCAGAGCAGAUCAACUGUACUCAGCCAUCCGUGGAAGUUUCUUCUGAAUACCGGAGCAAAUCCUUUGAUUGUGGAACUGUGUCACCUAUUAAACCUGCCUCCUCUGUAGAAGUGGCUCUGCCAAGGCUAGCUUUAUCACCAGCAGCAGUAGGAUCUCAGGUGCCUCUUAUUGAAAGAAGAAGGGGGCCUCUCGUUCGUCAAAUGUCAUUAAAUAUUAGUCCUGAAGGACAGCAACAGUCUAAGUUUCCACUUUCUUUACCGAAAGCAUCUACUAUUCAUACAAGUCCAGCAUCUCUUUAUAGGCCCCAGGUCACGUUUAUUUCUUCCGCAACACCUGCCCAAGUUAGCAAACCUCCAAUGAGUUACCAAGAGACUGUGUUCAACAAGAACAAACCAUCAGUGCAGAAUGUUAAUAUGGGUAGCAAAUCAUGUAGCAUACCACCUUUGAUCGCUGGACUUCCACAUCCUUGGCAACAGCUUCCUAGCAGUCUUAAUAGUACAAAGGUACAGCAGCCUUCCCUACCAAAAGAAGAUAAUUCUUUUGAAUUACAGCAACAUUGUACAUAUACUCCCAAAUAUCAACUGCUUCCAGCCACCCAAGUUGCUUCCAAUACCUUGCCAAUUACCACUCUUCCAAUUUCAAACGAGGUCACCUCAGCUUGCAAGUCACCUGAAACACUUACUAGUAUCUAUUUGGUACCGCCAAAUAUAGAUGCUACCGCAUUGCCUGCAUCAGAUCAACAGCUAGCCUCUGUUGUGUUACCUGCAAGUUUUGAGAGUGCAGUUAGCACAAAAUCUUUGCCUCGUAUUUUGGUAACACAAGAUCAAACAAGACUAGGUGGUCCAUCUGUUUGCAAACCAUGCUUCACUCCAGAUGACAUCACUAAUGCUAGUAGAAGUAGUGUCUCUCAUACAACUCUUGAUAGACCAUAUUUUGCUCAGACUCUAAAUGCUAGCAGUGACGACAGAAAUUCUUCUAUACUAUCUCUGCACACUGCCCAGAAAGUGUCAACAGUGGGACUCUUUCCUCAGCAAGAAAGUACAGCUUCAAGCAAGAGAAUGCUUUCACCUGCUAACAGCUUAGAUAUUGCCAUGGAAAAGCAUCAGAAACGAGCAAAAGAUGAACAUGGAUCUGCAUGUCAUACAGAUGGCCGCUCACUAAAUUUCCUUAACCCCCGUGCUGCUGAGGUGAGCAGGCAGAGGAAGUUAAUGUUAGUAAGACAAGUCUGCACAACGGAGCCAGCUGAUAGCUCUUUAUCUGAUACAGAUAUAGGCCCAGAGUAUCAGAUCAGAUCUGUUCAAGACAAAAUGGUAGUCACAGGAGCAAGAAUGACUGAAGUGGCCUCAGCUAAGUUAGUAGAGACCAGAGGGGAAGGGACAGAAAUAGAUGGUGUUUCAGUUUCCUCACUGCCCAGGGCAUCACCUGGGCCAACAAAUUCAUCACUGCAGAUGAUGCCCAAAAGUCAAGAUCAAAGGUCUUCAAUAAACUCACAGGUUAAAACUGCCAGCUUUCCUGGUCAGGUUAAACUUGCAUCAUCAGUGUCAGUAGUGAAUACAAAAGAGUCUCAUCGCUUGUCUUUUCCAAGCCUGAAGACUGCUACUAGCUUCACGUGGUGCUUCCUCAUGAGAAGAAGGCCUCUGCAUUUAAUGCAAGCCGACCAAAGAAUAUCAGCUUAUGCAGCUUGGACCGUUAGUUCCAGCAAUCCAGAUCCUCUGGGUCUGCCUACAAAAGUAGCUCUGUCCCUCUUUGAUUCCAAGCAGAAUGCAAAGAAGAUGCAUUUCACUCAAGCAAUAACAACAAGUGCCAAGUAUGAUAUCCUGGCUUAUUCCAUCAAAUUGAAAAGCAGUUUGCCUAAGGACCUCAGCCCACAAAAAUGUACAACUAAAGAAAGCAGCAUUAAAGAUAAAGUGGAACACCAACAAAGCAGUGAGAUAGACACUGAGCCAACAGCAACUAAAAAUGAACCAAGGAGAGUCCGAAUUUUUGAUGGAGGGUACAAGUCCAAUGAAGAAUAUGUGUAUGUGCGAGGAAGAGGUCGAGGCAAAUAUAUCUGUGAGGAAUGUGGAAUACGCUGCAAGAAGCCUAGUAUGCUAAGGAAGCACAUUCGCACACACACGGAUGUCCGUCCUUAUCACUGUGCCUAUUGCAACUUUUCUUUUAAAACUAAAGGAAACUUGACAAAGCAUAUGAAAUCCAAAGCACACAGUAAGAAGUGCAUAGAAAUGGGUAUUUCUGUGGGAUCAAUUGAUGAUGCAGAUACCGAAGAUUCAGGUGAAAAGGGAAAGUUUUCAUAUGACCGUCAGUGCUCAGAUGGGGAUGACUCUGAAGGUGGCGAUGAUGAUGACAAUGAUAAUGAUGAGGAGGAUGAAGAUGACAGCCAAGCUGAAUCUGUUGUGUCGGCCACCCCAUCUGUCACAGCAAGUCCACAGCACCACCCCACAAUGUGUAGCUAUAGCGAAUGUUCCAGUGUCACCAAUUUUGAAGACGGUCUGAAGAGUGGAAAGCUCUCUGGAAGACUGCUCACUUCUAGUGUAGAUACAUUACCGAAAGCUCUGCUGACACAAAUGACCGCCUUCAGUAUUACAUCCGAUGGAGCUACAGUGAAGCUUCCAGGGACUUGUGAAGUCCUGACACAAAUGCAAAUAAGAGAGCCUAGCUCACCUGGUGUAGACAUGGAAAGGAGUUCUUUGACAAGUCCCAAGUCUCCCUGUCGCCAGAUGUCAGUAGAUUUCCCAGAAUCUGAUGAGAUCCCUGUGUCUUCUACAAAAACUAUGUCAGUAGAACCAUCAAAGACAUUGGGUCAGUCAAGUGAAGCUGGAGUGCCAGUUGAUCGCAGCACACAGACAACUUUGAUGCCAUCAUCUGUUUAUGCCAAUCCUCAGUUCCUACAGUGCCAGCAGCCGCAACAGCAAAUUGAAUGUGUAGCUCCUCAGACUCGUUUAUUCAGCCAUUUACCUAUGCACUCACAGCACCCAAGCCGGACCCCCUAUAGCAUGAUCCCAGUGGGUGGUAUUCAGCUUGUACCAGCUGGGUUAGCAGCUUACUCCACUUUUGUUCCCAUUCAAGCUGGGCCAGUACAACUCACCAUUCCAGCUGUGAGCGUAAUUCACAGGACAUCAAGUCCAAAUGGAGAGAAGAGCCCAGAAGGAACUGGACCUGCAGUCUCCAGUUCCAUGGGGGUGUCUGAGCAUGUGAACAAUGUGUUGCCUUGCAUACCUAUUGGUCAGGUCAGUGUUCCAGGUCUACAGACCCUUGGAUCUCAAAAUUUACAACCUCUUCCAGGUGUGGGGCUGGAGACUGUCAACAUUUUAGGUCUUGCCAACACGAACAUUAACUCUCAAAUCCAGCCUCAAGGCCUCACCUUAAAUGCAGUGGGUUUGCAGGUGCUAGCAGCAAAUCCUCCAGCUCAAAGCAGUCCCAGCCCCCAGGCACACAUAUCUGGUUUACAGAUUCUGAACAUUGCUUUGCCCACCAUAAUUCCCUCGCUAAGCCCCAUAGCUGCAGAAGGCCAUGGAGUAAACGAAAAAAUGAACAUUAACUCCAAGCCCAGUGAGACAAGACUUGAGCAAACCCCAGUCCAACUUCCAGUUGCAGUUAACAUCGGUCCAGUUGGCUGUGCACUGUCACCACAAUUACCAGCAAAUGUACUGCUAAAGACACUGGAGCCUUCCAUCUCUGGAACGUUGGGCAAAGAGAAUGAAACCCCAUCUGUGGAAGCACAGUUACAUCCUAAGCAAAGGCAGGAGUCCACAGCUGUUCAGAACAAUAAAAACCUGCAAGACAGCCAGCACAUCAUUGAGAGAAAAAAGGAAGACAUUUCAAAUCAACAAAUGACCCAGCCUCGGCGGCACAUAGGAACAUCACGAGGUCAGACAACCAUCCAGUAUAGUGAUGUGUCCAGUGACGAUGAGGACAGGCUUGUCAUAGAGACUUAAACACUCCUUCCCCUUUUUUUUUUUUAAUUUUUUUAAAAAUUAAAAAAACAAUACUUGUUGCUUUGUGAAAAUGAAAACACUUAGAGGUGUGUUCUGUGCAAGCCACCCUUUUUAUUUUAAGCACAUUCUCUGACAUAUCAUAUCCUACGUGCAAUCAUAAAAAGUGACCAAUAUGACUGCCUCAUUUUCUUGUUUGCUCCCGCCAUUUUUAUUUUGUAAAUGUUGUAUAGAAAAUUGUGCCUUUUGGAUUUUUUUGUGUAGGAACUUGUACAUAAUAGAAAUUAAAACAACAGUGUAGUUGCUUGUGUUUAUUAAAUUACAAAUAUAGAUUUAUUUUAAAGUGUUAUGUCAUACAUAAAUUUAUCAAUAUAUAUAUGUAUAUGUUGCACUAAUUGUUUACAAUGUUCUGUGUACAUAUGUAGUAUGUAAAACUAUUUAUUGUAUUCAUCUUUUUGACCAUGAAACACGGGUCUGUUGUUCUUUGUGUGAGAGAGCUUUAUCUUUCAUUAAGUCUCUCAUAAGUAUCAGUAAACUUUUGUUUACAAACCUUUGCACCGA